AUGCCAUCCGUUAUCGUCUUUGGAGCCACGGGCUUCCUGGGCGCUCCGUUGACCAGAGCCAUCGUCAAAGCGCAUCCAGACUGGAAGGUGACGGCGUACGUUCGAGGCACUCGAACUUCCGACGAGGUCAAGAAGGAGCUUGGGGUUAAGCGCAUCGAAACCGGGGACUUCACCGAAUUUGAGAAGAUCAAAGCGUUAUGCAAGGAGAAUGAUAUCGCUGUGAACGCAGGAAACUCGUUCACGGAUGCCCCCAUAUCAGCAAUUGUUGCUGGACUGAGUGAGCGGUCGGAAGGUCCGAAAGGCAAACUGCUUCAUAUCAGCGGUGCCGGCAACUUCCUUGACUUCGGCACGACAGGCGAAUUCAAUCCCGCGAGCAAGGUGUGGGACGAUGACAACGAAGAGGACAUCAAGCUUGUGAACGACAAGAUGUUCAACGGGCAAUCGGACGUCGUAGCUCUCCAAGCGGGCAAGAAUGGCGCUGUCGACACCUACGUCGUAUGCACUCCGGUUACAUACGGCGGAGCUGCGGUCGGCUCGAAAGGCAUGGGUGUCGGUUAUUCGCUGAUUACCGGCAAUGCCAAACCACUGGGUUAUGUGCCGUACAUCGGAAAUGGCAGCGCAGUGUUGAGCACAGCGCACGUUCUGGAUGUGGUGCCUUUCAUGCUGAAAGUGCUCGAGCUCGCCGCAUCCGGACCCGCUCAAGGAAGCGUCUACAGCCGGUGGUUCAACGUCGAGACGCAGCGUGUUGCCUGGAAAGACAUGGCCACAGAGCUGGCCAAGGUCAUGUAUGCAAAGGGCAUCUUCAAGUCGCCGGAGGCAAAAAGUGUGCCGCUCGAGGAGGCAGGGGAAGGCGAGGUCAAGUACCUCGUGGCAGGCAACAUGUUGAUGCACACCAACCGCAGCGCGAGAAUGGGCUUCAAACCUACUCAGCCGAGUAUCUUGACGCAAGUGCACGAGGAUUUGAAAGACGCUGCGUUGUAG